AUGGUUCAGAACGUGAUUCUAGUGUUUUUCCGCAGGCGGCUGAGCCAGAGACCCCCGGUGGAGGAGCUGGAGAGUCGGAACAUCCUCAAACGUGAGUAUUGGACCACGAUACAUUUAUAACCGAUUAAAACAAGAGGUUAUAACAAAAUACAUAGUUUAUACCGGAUCACAGUUUAUUAUCAGUUUUUAUAAGUGAAACUGUCCACUGUCGGGUUAGUCUCAUUGAAGUUUGUAUCGACUCUCCAGAUGAGCCGGUGGGCUUCAGUGCAACAUGAUUAAAUGUCUAAAUGACUUCCGUUUAUUAUUGUGAUGAAUACAUGCUGCAUGGGACUACAGCACUACAAUUUAUACAGCAUUUUUUUCUUUACAAUUUUUAAACCAACUUUGUUAAUCACAAGUCAUAUUGCCCUAUUUUAUGUUUAUGCAAACUAUUUUAAAAAUACAGUUAAAGUCGGGAGUUUACAUAUACCAAAUACAAUACAGUUUUUCACAAUUCCUGACAUUUGAUCCUAGUCAAAAUUCCCUGUCUUAUGUCAGUUAGGAUCACCACUUUAUUUUAAGAAUGUGAAAUGUCAGAAUAAUAGUAGAGAGAAUUAUUUAUUUUAGCUUUUAUUUCUUUCAUCACAUUCCCAGUGGGUCAGAAGUUUACAUACACUCAAUUAGUAUUUGGUAGCAUUGCCUUUAAAUUGUUUAACUUGGGUCAAACGUUUCGGGUAGCCUUCCACAAGCUUCCCAGAAUAAGUUUGGUGAAUUUUGGCCUAUUCCUCCUGACAGAGCUGGUGUAACUGAGUCAGGUUUGUAGGCCUCCUUGCUCUCACACACUUUUUCAGUUCUGCCCACAAAUGUUCUAUAGGAUUGAGGUCAGGGCUUUGUGAUGGCCACUCCAAUACCUUGACUUUGUUGUCCUUAAGCCAUUUUGCCACAACUUUGGAAGUAUGCUUGGGGUCCUUGUCCAUUUGGAAGACCCAUUUGCGACCAAGCUUUAACUUCCUGACUGAUGUCUUGAGAUGUUGCUUCAAUAUAUCUACAUAAUUGUCCUUCCUCAUGAUGCCAUCUAUUUUGUGAAGUGCACCAGCCCCUCCUGCAGCAAAGCACCCCCACAGCAUGAUGCUGCCACCCCCGUGCUUCACGGUUGGGAUGGUUUUCUUCGGCUUGCAAGCAUUAACCUUUUUCAUCCAAACAUAACAAUGGUCAUUAUGGCCAAACAGUUCUAUUUUUGUUUCAUCAGACCAGAGGACAUUUCUCAAAAAAAGUACAAUCUUUGCCCCAUCUGCAGUUGCAAACCGUAGUCUGGCUUUUUUAGGGCGGUUUUGGAGCAGUGGCUUCUUCCUUGCUGAGCGGCCUGUCAGGUUAUGUCGAUAUAUGACUAGUUUUACUGUGGAUAUAGAUACUUUUGUACCUGUUUCCUCCAGCAUCUUCAGAAGGUCCUUUGCUGUUGUUCUGGGAUUGAUUUGCACUUUUCGCACCAAAGUACGUUCAUCUCUAGGAGACAGAACGCGUCUCCUUCCUGAGCGGUAUGAUGGCUGCGUGGUCCCAUGGUGUUUAUACUUGCGCACUAUUGUUUGUACAGGUGAACGUGGUACCUUCAGGCGUUUGGAAAUUGCUCCCAAGGAUGAACCAGACUUGUGGAGGUCUACACAUUUUUUUCUGAGGUCUUGGCUGAUUUCUUUUGAUUUUCCCAUGAUGUCAAGCAAAGAGGCAUUGUGUUUGCCUUGGUAUGCCUUGAAAUACAUCCACAGGUACACCUCCAAUUGACUCAAAUUAUGUCAAUUAGCCUAUCAGAAGCUUCUAAAGCCAUUUUUUGGAAUUUUCCAAGCUGUUUAAAGGCACAGUCAACUUAGUGUAUGUAAACUUCUGACCCACUGGAAUUGUGAUACAGUGAAUUAUAAGUGAAAUAAUCUGUCUGUAAAAAAUUGUUGGUAAAAUUACUUGUGUCAUGCACAAAGUAGAUGUCCUAACCGACUUGCCAAAACUAUAGUUUGUUAACAAGAAAUGUGUGGAGUGGUUGAAAAACAAGUUUUAUUGACUCCAAUCUAAGUGUAUGUAAACUUCUGACUUCAACUGUAAAUCAUGCAAAUAAAUAUCCCUAGUUAUUGAACAUAACAUCUAUACUGAACAAAAAAUAUAAACGCAACAUGCAAGAAUUUCAACGAUUUGACUGAGUUACAGUUCAUAUAAGGAAAUCAGUCAAUUGAAAUAAAUUCAUUAGGCCCUAAUCUAUGGAUUUCAUGACUGGGCAGGGGCGCAGCCAUGGGUGGGCCUGGGAGGGCAUAGGCCCACCCACUGAGGAGCCAGGCCCACCCACUGGGGAGCCAGGCCCAGCCAAUCAGAAUGAGCUUUACCCCACAAAAGGGCUUCAUUACAGACAGAAAUACUCCUCAGUUUCAUCAGCUGUCCAGUUAGCUGGUCUCAGAUGUGGAGGUCCUGGGCUGGCGUGGUUUCACAUGGUCCGCGGUUGUGAGGCCGGUUGGACGUACGUACUGCCACAUUUUCAAAAACGACGUUGCAGACGGCUUAUGGUAGAGAAAUGAACAUUCAAUUCUCCGGCAACAGCUCUGGUGGACAUUCCUGCAGUCAGCAUGCCAAUUGCACACUCCCUCAAAUCUUGAGACAUCUGUGGCAUUGUGUUGUGUGACAAAACUGCACAUUUUAGAGUGGCCUUUUAUUGUCCCCAGAACAAGGUGCACCUGUGUAAUGAUCAUGCUGUUUAAUCAGCUUCUUGAUAUGCCACACCUGUCAGGUGGAUGGAUUAUCUUGGCAAAGUAGAAAUGCUCACUAACAGGGAUGUAAACAAAUUUGUUGUCACGGAUACGGCCGAGGCUGCCCCUCCUCCUCGCUCGGGCAGGCUUCGGCGGUCGUCGUCACCGGAGUACUAGCUGCCACCGAUCUAUGUUUCUGUGUCUCACUAGUUCUGUCUUUAUUAUUCACACCUGUUACUCAUAAGGCUUAUUAGUUUCCCUAUAUUACCUCUGUUUUCCCUCCUGGGGAUGUGAUUGUUCUUUGUUACGUCGUCUGUUGAGCUGUUGUUUUGCUCUUCCCUGUGUGGAGGGUUUGCUAUGGUUUACUUUGAGUCUAGUAAAGCCAUUUAUCUCUCAGUUCUGUGUCCUGCGCCUGAUUCCAUUUCUCCACUUCACCCAGACGCUGACAUUUGUGCACAAAAUUUGAGACAAAUAAGCUUUUUAUGCGAAUGGAACAUUUCUGGGAUCUUUUAUUUCAGCUCAUGAAACAUGGGACCAACACUUUACAUGUUUAUAUUGUUGUUCAGUUUAGAACUAGUCUCUUAUCACAAAAUUGCCAUGCAUUAUGCAGAAAAAUAGCCCAUAGCCUAAGCCUGGGAUCAGGACCUCCAGAAAAACAUACUGUUUUUAGGAAAACAUUUGCAGUUUUAUAAUGCUAUUCUACACAUUUUGUCAUGAGGCUGAGAGAAUGUUGGUGCCUGUUCGGGUAAUCCGGCCCUGCAUACGAUUUGCAUUUGUGCCAGUUUCAAUCAGCACUUGGAGAAGGAACAUUGUAACACACAUUAUAUAAUUCAAUCAAAUUUGCACACAAGAAAAUAAAGAGCCUUUUUGUUCCCCUUUAAUAUCUUAACCUUUUUAAACUCUGACACCAUCUGGUGGCAUUUUCUAAACAACGCAUAAUGUUGUAUACUAACUUCAUAAAGUACCUUUCUGUUUAAAAGCUACACAUCCUACAAACACAUGCUUAGUACUGUUAGAAAGGUAACAGCCGUGGGAUGCUGAUAAAGCAACAACGUGACCCCGAGAUACAGCAGGCAAACACAACUGAAAUGUACCAUUUUUUUGUUAGCAAACACAACUGAAAUGUACCGGUUUUUUGUUAGCAAACACAACUGAAAUGUACCGGUUUUUUGUUAGCAAACACAACUGAAAUGUACCGGUUUUUUGUUAGCAAACACAACUGAAAUGUACCGGUUUUUUGUUAGCAAACACAACUGAAAUGUACCGGUUUUUUGUUAGCAAACACAACUGAAAUGUACCGUUUUUUUGUUAGCAAACACAACUGAAAUGUACCGGUUUUUUGUUAGCAAACACAACUGAAAUGUACCGGUUUUUUGUUAGCCCACACGCACACACACACACACACAAGAGCCACGCACAUGUUCCCAAAAAUGUUUAGUCUCAUGUUGAAAGGAGAUAGACAUUUGGCACAGUUGUCAUCAGAUCAAUGUCAGGGUCCAGUCAUCAGAUCAAUGUCAGGGUCCAGUCAUCAGAUCAAUGUCAGGGUCCAGUCAUCAGAUCAAUGUCAGGGUCCAGUCAUCAGAUCAAUGUCAGGGUCCAGUCAUCAGAUCAAUGUCAGGGUUCAGACACUGCGGAUGAUCAUAACUACAUCACCAUGGUAACAAGAUGGAAUGGACAGGUCAAGUUGUAGACAUCCUAUGUUCCCUCCUCCAGUCAUCUCUGCUAUCCCCAAAUCGAUUCGCUCCGCAUCGCAUCAUCUCCAGCUCUGCUCCCACUCAAUUCAGUCACUCUCGCAUGACAUCAUCCAUCAACCAUCAGAGCUGCCUCCAUCUUCCUUCUCUAGCUCCUCCUCUCUAUCUCUCCACUCCAUCUAUCCUCACUCAUCGCUCACUCCUCAUUCGUCUCCUCUCUUCCACUCUCUCAUCGUCCAUCUCUCUUCCUGACUCAUCUCUCCUUCGCACAUCUAUCUGUCUCCUCAACUCUAUCUACAUCCCCUCUCUAGCCUCCUCACUCCUCCAUCCUCUCUCUCUUCUCUCUCCCCUCCAUCUCUCUCCUCUCUCCCAUCUCUCUCCUUCCCCCAGAUCUCUGCUCUCCGUCCUCCAUCUCUCUCUCCUCUCCAUCUCUCUCUCCUUCCUCCAUCUCUCUCUCUCUCCUCCAUCUCUCUCCUUCCUCCAUCUCUCCUCCCACCAUCUCUCCUCCCUCCACCUCUCUCCUCCUGUACUGUUUGUUUCUGACCUGUUGUUCUUCCUCUUUAAUCUUCAGAGAGGAACGACCAGUCAGAGCAGGAGGAGAGGAGAGAGAUCAAACAGAGACUCAACAGGAAGUUGAACCAGCGUCCUACAGUAGAUGAGUUGAGGGAAAGGAAGAUACUGAUUCGUUUCAGUGACUAUGUUGAGGUGGCCAAGGCUCAGGACUACGACCGCAGGGCAGACAAACCCUGGACUAGGCUGUCUGCUUCAGACAAGGUCAGCUCAUCACACACAGAUACACACAAACAGCUGAGCUCCUGUUUUGACCUCUGCCACCUGUUGUUGUUGAUGUUGAUGUUGUUGUUGUUGACAUCGUUGUUGUUGAUGUGUUCUCCAGGCAGCAAUACGGAAGGAGCUGAAUGAGUUCAAGAGUAAUGAGAUGGAGGUUCACAAUUCCAGCAAGCACCUGACAAGGUGUGUGGGUGUGGGGGUGGGGGUGUGGGUGUGGGGGUGUGGGUGUGCUUUUGGUUUUAUUAUCCUUGUGGGGACCAAAAUUCAGACAAGGACAAAUGCUAUUUUAGGCUUAUCGGUUAGGGUUACAAUUAAAAUUAGGGUUAGGUUUAUGGUUAAGGUUAGGGAGAAUAAGAUUUUGAAUGGGAAUACAUUUUUUGGUUCAAUUUACAUCAUUUAGCAGACGCUCUUAUCCAGAGCGACUUACAGUUAGUGAAUACAUAUUUUUUUAUACUGGCCCCCCGUGGGAAUCAAACCCACAACCCUGGCGUUGCAAACGCCAUGCUCUAUCAACUGAGCUACAUCCCUGCCGGCCAUUCCCUCCCCUACCCUGGACGACGCUGGGCCAAUUGUGCGCCGCCCAUGAGUCUCCCGGUCGCGGCCGGCUGCGACAGAGCCUGGAUUCGAACCAGGAUCUCUAGUGGUACAGUUAGCACUGCGAUGCAGCGCCUUAGACCACUGCGCCACUCAGGAGUUAGGGUCUAGCCACAAGCAUAGUAAAACAAACGUGUGUGUGUCUUUGCAUAUAGAGACACUAAUGUAACCUAGCCAGUGAGAGGACAUGCACUUUACAAUGUAGAUACUGUAGAUCCUGACUCUAACCCUCUCUGGAGACACUAUAGAGCCUAACUAACCCUCUCUGGAGACACUAUAGAUCCUAACUAACCCUCUCUGGAGGGGACAUAUAGGACCUAACUAACCACUCUCUGGGACACUAUAGAUCCUAGACUAACCCUCUCUGGAGACACUAUAGAGCCUCACCUAACCCGCUCUGGCGCACUAUAGAUCUAACUAACCCUUCUGGAGGACACUGUAGAUCUAACUAACCCACUCUGGGGAGAGACCACUAUAGAUCCAACUAACCUCUUCUGGAGACACUAUAGAUCCUACUAACCCCUCUCUGGAGACACUAUAGAUCCUAACUAACCUCUUGGAGACACAUCGAUCCUAACACCCCUCUCUGGAGACACUAUAGAUCUAACUCUACUUAACCCUCUCUGGAGAAACUAUAGAUCCAACUACCCCUCUAUGGAGACACUCGAGUCCUAACUACCCCUUGGAGACACUAUAGAUCCUAACUACCCCUCUCUGGAGGGACACUAUAGAUCCUGACUCUAACCUCUCUGGAGACACUUGUGUAGAUCCUACAUAACCCUAUCUGGAGACACUAUAGAGAUUCUACUAACCCUCGCGUGGAGACACUAUAGAUCCUACCUAAACCCUCUCUGGGACACUGUAGAUCCGGACUCUACCCUCUAUGGGACACUGGAGAUUCCUAAACUAACCCCUCUCUGGAGACCACUAUAAUUCCUUAACUAACCCUCUCGGAGACCACUAGGAUCCUAAUAACCCUUCUCUGGAGGACACUAGAUCCUCCUAACUAACCCUCAUCUGGAGACAAGUAGAUCCUGACUUAACCUCUCUGGCGGGGGACCUGAGGAUCCUAACGAACCCUCUCUGGAGCACUAUAGAUCCUAACUAACCCUCUCUGGAGCACUAUAAUCCUAACGAAACUCUCUGGAGACACUAUAGAUCCUAAACUAACCAUCUCUGGAGGAAGGACCACUAUAGAUCCUAAAACUAACCCUCUUGGAGACACUAUAGAUCCUAACUAACACUCUCUGGAGAACCACUAUAGAUCCUAAACUAACCCUCUCUGAGACACUAUCAUCCUAAACUAACCCUCUCUGGAGACACCUAUAGAUCCUUAACUAACCCUCUCUGGAGACACUAUUAGAGCCUAACUACCCCUCGUGGAGGGACACUCUAGAUCCUAACUAACCCUUCUGGAGACCACUAUAGAUCAUAAAACAACCCUCUCUGGAGACACUAUAGAUCCUAACAACCAUCUCUGGAGACACUAUAGAUCCACAAACAACCCUAUUGGGGACCAUGUAGAUCCUAACUAAACCCCUCUGAGACACUAUAGAUCUGACUCAACCCUCUCUGGAGAACUAUAGAUCUAACUAACCCUCUCUGGAGACACUAUAAGAUCCUAACUACACCCUCUCUGGAGCGAAGACACUAUAGAUCCUAACUAACCCUCUAUGGAGGGCACACUAUAAGAUCCUAACAACCCCUCUCUGGAGACACUAUAGAUCCUAAAAACUAACCCUCUCUGGAGACAAUUGAUCCUAACUAACCCCUCUGGAGACACUAUAGUCCUAACUAACCCUCUCUGGAGACACUAUAGAUCAUGACUCUAACCCAUCUUGGAAGACACUCUAAGAUCAUCACUAACCUUCUCUGGGGGACACGGUAGAUCCUAGCUACCCUCUCUGGAGACACUAUAGAUCCUAAAACUAACCUCUCUGGCGACACUAUAGGAUCCUAAACGGACCUCUCUGGAGACACAUAGAUCUAACAAAACCCUCUUGGAGGACACUAUAGAUCCAACUCACCAUCUCUGGAAGGACACUGUAGAUCCCUAGAGAACCCUCUCUGGAGACACUAUAGAUAUAACUAACCCCUCUCUGGAGACACUAUAGAUCCUAACUAACCCUCUCUGGAGACACUAUAGAUCCUGACUCUAAAAAAAAAAAAAAAAACCCCCCCCCCCCCUUCCUGAGAAACUAUAGAUUCCUAAAAUAAACCCUCUUCUGGAGACACUAUAGAUCCUAACUAACCCUCUCUGGAGACACUAUAGAUCCUAACUAACCCCCUCUCUGGGGAAAGUAGAUCUAAAUAACCCUCUCGGGAGGCCACUGUAGAUCCUAACUAACCUCUCUGAGAGACACUAUAGAUUCCUAAACUAACCAUCUCUUGGAGACACAUAGAUCCUAACUAACCCCUCUGGAGGACACUAUAGAUCUGGACUCUUACCCUCUCUGGAAGACACAUAGAUCAUAAACUAACCCCUCUCUGGAGGACAAUCGUAGGUAUCCGAACGAACCCUACUCUGGAGACACGUAGAUCCUAGCUAAACCCUCUCGGAGACAAUAUAGAUCCUGACUGUACCCUCUCUGGAGACCAACUAUAGAUCCUACACUAACCCUCUCUGGAGACACUAUAGAUCCUAACUCAAACCCUCUCUGGAGACACUAUAGAUCCUAACUAACCCUCUCUGGAGACACUAUAGAUCCUGACUAACCCUCUCUGGAGACACUAUAGAUCCUAACUAACCCUCUCUGGAGACACUAUAGAUCCUAACUAACCCUCUCUGGAGACACUAUAGAUCCUAACUAACCCCCUCUGGAGGAACACUAUUAUAGAUCCUGACUCUAACCCAUCUAUGGAGGAGACACUGUAUGUUAGAUCCUAACUAACCCUCUCUGGGAGAACCAAAGAGAUCAUAGCUAAACCUCUCUGGAAGACGGGACACUAUAGAUCCUAAACUAAACCCUCUCUGGAAGACACUUAUAGAUCCAACUAACCCAUCUCUGGAGACACUAUAGAUCCUUAACUAACCCUCUCUGGAAGGACACUAUAAUCCUACCUAACCCUCUCUGGAGACACUAUAGAUCCUCUGACUCUAAACCCUCUCUGGAGAACUAUAGAUCCUAACUAAAACCUCUCUGGAGACACUAUAGAUCCUAACCUAACCUCUCUGGAGGACACUAUAGAUCAUAACUAACCCCUCUCUGGAGCCACUAUAGAUCCCUAACUAACCCUUUGGAGACACUGUAGAUCCUAACUAUACACGCUCUGGAGGACACUAUAGAUCCUAACUAAACCCUUUCCUGGAGACACUGUAGAUUCCUAACUAACCUCUCUGGGAGAAGACACUUUAGAUUCCGAACAACCCCUCUGGAGACACUAUAGAUCUACUAACCACUCUUCUGGAGCACUAUAGAUCUGAUCUCACCUCUCUGGAGAGGAGAGAUCUGCAACACAUGGAGAACUCUAUCCCCUGA